UGAAAUUGUACCAGAAGAGAGAGAGAGUGAAAUAUAAUGGCAAGGGAGGAAAUUAGAGGAAGCCUUAAAAAGGAGGGGGUGGGGGCGAUUGAUCUAAUUAUCUUAAAUAAAAUGAUGCUAAAAUGUGAUGCUUAGCAUCAAAUCAUCAAAGGGAAAUUUUGAAUUACAUGGAGUAAGAAUUAUCUCCACUUGACAUUUCCCUAAAGGAACAAAUCUCUAUUGGUUGAUCAGCAACCAAUAACUCGCUAUUGAUCAAUGACCUGCACCUGGAUGGACGGCGAGCGAUCUAAUCAGAUGGGAACGAGUGAAACCACGAAGCAUGUCAGCCGACCACGGCUUUCGUGCCGAUUAUAAAUUUCCAAAAAAACAUCCUCAUUUGAAAAUAUGGCCGUUAGCCAGUUUGACCAGCCCUGCUUUCCCCUUCGCAGUAGCAGAGAGGAGAGAAAUCCUCGCAGGAGGACGUAGCCAUGGGAAGACUCAGAGCCAAAUGCGACUACGAAAGCCUCCGAGAUGCCCGAAUCUUGGAGAACAAGGCUCGACUGGAAUCUCUCGGCCUAAACCAAAGUGCCAGAGAGCUUCAAACAAUCAUUUCUCAUUCCAUCAAGAGCAAUACUCCAUUAAAAAGGACUCGAAAAGCCCAAAAUCGUGAGGCCACUCCCCUUCGUCGCUCAGACCGUCUGAAGGGAAAAUCUGGAACCCCAAAUGUCUCAUCUCCCAAAGCUUCAGCCGGCGGGGAAGGAGCCGUUUCGAACCCAGUUCGAAGGAGACUCUUUACGAGUCGCUGCGGAAGUAAAGGGAGGGGAAGUAUUCAUGACCCCGUUAUGGGGAUCUGUUGCCAUUUCUGCAGGCAGAAGAAGUUAUGUGGAGAAGAGGAUUGCAAGAGAUGUGGGGAUGGAGAUAUAAAUCAGCCAUGCAUAGGCAAGACAGAAUGCUCAGUUUGCCAUUCUUCCAAUGGAGUCCUAUGUCGUGCUUGUCUCAAAGUUAGAUAUGGUGAAGAAAUGGAGGAAGUUAGGAUGAAGAAGGAUUGGAUGUGUCCUCACUGCAUUGAAGAGAAAGGAAUCAAUCCAUAUUGGAUUUGUAACAGCUCCCUCUGUUUGAAGAAGCGAAAGAUGGUGCCCACCGGAAUUGCUAUUUACCGAGCUCGCGAGCUGGGAUACAAAUCUGUGGCACAUCUUCUCAUGGACAAGCUGAAACACGAAGGCUGUUUGAAGAUGAAUGAUGAUGAUUUUAACAGACAAUGAUAUCCAUAUGUAGCGUCCAAUUAAUAUGAAUGGCAGGAAAUUGUCCACAAAACAUGACAGAAAAAAGAAGAAAAUUUAGGUACUUAGGUAUUAUCAAAGUUUCAUUUUGGAGCAAAUUUUGUGCAUAUGAUGGAUGAUAAAUUGUUGACUGCAAUGAUAAGCUAUAGCUACUGAUUGCUUAUAAGUGACU